AGUGAGAGAGAGAGAGACAGUGAGUGUGAGUGAGAGAGGGAGAAUUGUCAAUUAGGGCAGAGGCAAUGUCCUGCUACCCUGUGAGGGGGCUUCCCCUCCUCCCAGGCAACACUUUCCAGGACCCUACGAAAUCUAACUUCCAUCGAUCACAGACUUUCAUCUACAAGAAUGGGAUUGCUCUCCCUCUUGUGCCCAAGGUCGGGAUUGGUGGGGAACCAAUCCAUGUCAAUCAGCUGUCUCUGUCUGACGUGGAUGAAUUGGCCAACAAGAAACCAACAUUAACCUACGGCCAGGCCAAACAGGCCCCACCAGCAGAUUUCAUCCCUGGGCAUGUGGCUUUUGAUAAGAAGGUAUUGAAAUUUGAUGGAUAUUUCAAGGAGACAGUUCAUGAAUCCUCACAGGAACAUUAUCGGGUUCGACCGAUCAUCCUGUACUAUUACCUGGAGGAUGAUAGUAUUGCCAUUCAUGAGCCUGAAGUGGACAAUUCUGGACUAAAUCAGGGUAAACUGAUCAACAGACAGCGACUCCCAAAGAACGACCAAGGGGAUUGUUGGCAUUGGAAGGAUCUCAAUGUCGCGAUGGAGGUGGUGGCUUACGGCAGGCGCUACCGUCUCACUGGCUGUGACACGUUUACAUGUUACACUGGCUGUGACCAGAGAGCUCGGAGUCAGCCCCUGAAAUCAGGAGCCUAUCUGAAUCCCCUGGUUAUAUCUGUUAGCAAGGGCUCCCCAAUUGGCCCAGGCUAA